AUGGGACUGAUGGGAAGAUAUAAAACUUCAGGAAAUCAGACAAGCUUAACUGAAAUGGGCCUCUUUUCUACAAGGAACUUGCCAAGAUUUGCGAAAACGUACAGUGACCUUUCCAUGAACCUUAAGCAAGAUUUGAAGGACAGCACCAAUUUGGUUGAGGUUCAGAUCAUCCUGAUCUGUGCAUACUGUGUUAUCAUCUUGCUGGGGCUAAUAGGUAACUCCUUGGUGAUCCAUGUGGUGAUCAAGUUCAAGAACUUGCAAACCGUGACAAAUUUCUUCAUUGCUAACUUGGCUGUGGCGGAUCUGCUGGUGAAUACACUCUGUUUGCCUUUCACUUUGGUUUACACCUUGCUUGGAGAAUGGAAGCUUGGACCAGUACUGUGUCAUCUUGUGCCUUAUGCCCAGGGUCUUGCAGUGCAAGUAUCAAUUGUUACCUUGACCGUGAUAGCCUUGGACCGCCAUCGCUGCAUUGUGUAUCAUUUAGAGAGCAAAAUCUCCACAAGAAUCAGCUUCCUGAUCAUUGGAGUGACCUGGGCUGGCAGUGCUGUGUUAGCCAGUCCUCUGGCCAUCUUCAGAGAAUAUUUUUCCUUUGAGCUCAAUCAUGAUUUCAAAAUGGUGGUCUGUGCAGAAGCCUGGCCCAGGGAAGGGCAGGUGAAUUAUGGUACUGUUUACAGUGUCCUGAUGUUCCUCAUCCAAUAUGUCUUGCCCCUGGUGAUUAUCUCAUAUGCCUAUGUAUGUAUCUGGAGUAAACUGAAAAAUCACAUCAGUCCUGGGGCAGCGAAUGAUCACUACCACCAGAGGCGUCAGAAAACUACUAAGAUGCUGGUGUGCAUUGUGGUGGUGUUUGCAGUCUGCUGGCUGCCUUUUCAUAUUUUUCAGCUUAUCAGUGAUAUUGACAGCAAAGUAUUGGAUCUACGGGAAUAUAAACUGAUCUACACACUCUUUCAUGUCAUUGCAAUGUGCUCCACUUUCGCCAAUCCUCUUCUCUAUGGAUGGAUGAACAGCAAUUACAGAGCAGCUUUUCUUAGAGCUUUCCAGUGUGAACAGCGACUCGAUUUUAUCCAUCCCAAAGUGUCCCCUGCAUUCAAAGGCAAGAAGAACCUGGAAGCAAAAGAAAAUCAGUGCAAUGGAUCACCAUUCUCACAAUUUACAAGUGUCUAAAGCCACAACUUACAAGCGACAAGCCAGAUAUGGUAAAAAUUGUUUUGAAAAUAGCAGAUGAGGGAGGAUGAAAAAGCUGGAUUUAAAACAUUGGGGAGAAUUGGUUUAACCAUGUUCAUCCAAGUAGCUUUGUUCACACAGGAAAAUAUACAAAGGGCAUAGACUCUAUUCCUGCCAGUCUGUAUUUGCACAGAGAUGCCUUCCCGCAUCUUUGCUGUAUUCUAGUUUGCCCCUCUCCUCCAAAAUGAAUCUUAAU